GGAACAGCAAUCGAAGACAACAUUGAGAUUGAGAAAUACGCGUACUGCAUUCUCAAUAGCGUUACAGUUGUUUUUUUCAUGGCUGCUUUGUAUUGCUGCGAAAAUUUCCGCGUUUGUCCCGUUUGAUUUUAAAAAUGGGUGUUGUUGACAGGGCAGUUGCUACGUGGCACACAGUAGUCACUGCCCUGUCCUUGUGUGUCACCUGCAAGCGGUGGGCUGGCGAGCCGAAACUCAACAUAACAGUUCAUGAGGGGAACGUUGGACGCCAGAACCAGGGGAGGUAUUUGGUAACAGUUCGCCACGGCCAACUGAGGCACCAGACGGAAACAAAGAGAUCUGACGCUCUGAUAUGGGAGCAAGAUGUGAACUUCUCCCAUUGGACGCCUGAAUACCCGCUGAUCCUGAAAGUGCGUAAGGCGAAGCGGUGCAAAGACACGACCAUCGCUGAGUUACCCAUCGAUGUUGCAGCCGCACUACAGUCCGCGGACGGCUUACCAAACCGCCGUUGGUACAGCAUAAAGAGAGAGGACAAGAGCGGUCGUCCAAAGGAAGAUGUGUCACUACAAGUGACGAUUACUGUCGAUGGUUGGGAGGUGAAAAGUGACUCUAAACAGGACCUUGCGAAGCCUACGAAGCAGACUGCUAAUGACUCCCGGGAAGGAGAGACGGGAAGGUCAGGCAGCAGCCACCGCACGGACAUCUCACCACCAUCGGUGGAAGCGGAGGUUCCUCAAGUACCCACUGAUGUAGACCGCACGAGCCACAGUGACUCGAGCCCCGGACGGGGUGAAGCUGAAUACGCAACCUCCAAGAAGGCCGCGGGAGCUGGUGAGACCUCAUCGCCCCAGGACAGGGGCGCCGCCGGGUCCGCCGGAGCUGGUGAGACCUCAUCGCGCCAGGACAGGGGCGCCGCCGGGUCCGCCGAAACUGUUGAGACCUCAUCGCGCCAGGACAAAGUCGCCGACGGGUCCGCCGGAGCUGGUGAGACCUCAUCGCGCCAGGACAGGGGCGCCGCCGGGUCCGCCGGAGCUGGUGAGACCUCAUUCCGCACGGACACCUCACCACCAUCAGUGGAAGCGGAGGUCCCUCAAGUACCCACUGAUGUAGACCGCACGAGCCACAGUGACUCGAGCCCCGGACGGGGUGAAGCUGAAUACGCAACCUCCAAGGAGGCCGCGGGAGCUGGUGAGGCCUCAUCGCCCCAGGACAGGGGCGCCGCCGGGUCCGCCGGAGCUGGUGAGACCUCAUCGCGCCAGAACAGGGGCGCCGCCGGGUCCGCCGGAGCUAGUAAGACCUCAUCGCGCCAGGACAGGGGCGCCGCCGGGUCCGCCGGAGCUGGUGAGACCUCAUCGCGCCAGGACAGGCGCGCCGCCGGGUCCGCCGGAGCUGGUGAGACCUCAUCGCGCCAGGACAGGGGCGCCGCCGGGUCCGCCGGAGCUGGUGAGACCUCAUCGCGCCAGGACAGGGGCGCCGACGGGUCCGCCGGAGCUGGUGAGACCUCAUCGCGCCAGGACAGGGGCGCCGACGGGUCCGCCGGAGCUGGUGAGACCUCAUCGCGCCAGGACAGGGGCGCCGACGGGUCCGCCGGAGCUGGUGAGACCUCAUCGCGCCAGGACAGGGGCGCCGCCGGGUCCGCCGGAGCUGGUGAGACCUCAUCGCACCAGGACAGGGGCGCCGCCGGGUCCGCCGGAGCUGGUGAGACCUCAUUCCGCACGGACACCUCACCACCAUCAGUGGAAGCGGAGGUUCUUCAAGUACCCACUGAUGUAGACCGCACGAGCCACAGUGACUCGAGCCCCGGACGGGGUGAAGCUGAAUACGCAACCUCCAAGGAGGCCGCGGGAGCUGGUGAUACCUCAUCGCCCCAGGACAGGGGCGCCGACGGGUCCGCCGGAGCUGGUGAGACCUCAACGCGCCAGGACAGGGGCGCCGCCGGGUCCGCCGAAACUGGUGAGACCUCAUCGCGCCAGGACAAAGGCGCCGACGGGUCCGCCGGAGCUGGUGAGACCUCAUCGCGCCAGGACAAAGGCGCCGCCGGGUCCGCCAGAGCUGGUGAGACCUCAUCGCGCCAGGACAGGGGCGCCGCCGGGUCCGCCGGAGCUGGUGAGACCUCAUUCCGCACGGACACCUCACCACCAUCAGUGGAAGCGGAGGUCCCUCAAGUACCCACUGAUGUAGACCGCACGAGCCACAGUGACUCGAGCCCCGGACGGGGUGAAGCUGAAUACGCAACCUCCAAGGAGGCCGCGGGAGCUGGUGAUACCUCAUCGCCCCAGGACAGGGGCGCCGACGGGUCCGCCGGAGCUGGUGAGACCUCAACGCGCCAGGACAGGGGCGCCGCCGGGUCCGCCGAAACUGGUGAGACCUCAUCGCGCCAGGACAAAGGCGCCGACGGGUCCGCCGGAGCUGGUGAGACCUCAUCGCGCCAGGACAAAGGCGCCGCCGGGUCCGCCAGAGCUGGUGAGACCUCAUCGCGCCAGGACAGGGGCGCCGCCGGGUCCGCCGGAGCUGGUGAGACCUCAUUCCGCACGGACACCUCACCACCAUCAGUGGAAGCGGAGGUCCCUCAAGUACCCACUGAUGUAGACCGCACGAGCCACAGUGACUCGAGCCCCGGACGGGGUGAAGCUGAGUACGCAGCCUCGAAGGAGGCCGCAGGAGCUGGCGAGACCUCAUUGUGCCAGGACGAGGGCGCCGACAGGUCCGCCGGAGCUGGCGAGAUCCCAUCCCGCCAGCACGCGGGCGCCGACAGGUCCGCCGGAGCUGGUGAGACCCCAUCCCGCCAGCACGCGGGCGCCGACAGGUCCGCUGGAGCUGGUGAGACCCCAUCCCGCCAGCACGCGGGCGCCGACAGGUCCGCCGGAGCUGGUGAGACCCCAUCCCGCCAGCACGCGGGCGCCGACAGGUCCGCCAGAGCUGGUGAGACCCCAUCCCGCCAGCACGCGGGCGCCGACAGGUCCGCCGGAGCUGGUGAGACCCCAUCCCGCCAGCACGCGGGCGCCGACAGGUCCGCCGGAGCUGGUGAGACCCCAUCCCGCCAGCACGCGGGCGCCGAUAGGUCUGCCGGAGCUGGUGAGACCCCAUCCCGCCAGCACGCGGGCACCGACAGGUCCGCCGGAGCUGGUGAGACCUCUUCAUGCACAGAUAGACGGGGAGCAAGACUGUACAAUUCCAGUCAGUUGAGGAUCUGUGGGAUGAGCUCCUCGCCUAUGCUGCAUCUCUCCAAUCCAAGCUGCUGCACGUUUUGGAAUGCCAGGUUGUCAAGAAGGUGGCUGCGUACGUGCCCGAGUGCAUGUGUUACAACUUACAGGACAACUUGCAACGUUCCCGAGAAGAUGGCUCAGUCGAACCACAGAGCUUUCUAACCUCCUUGGUCCAAUUUACUUUCCAUAAAUGUAACUGCUGUUAACACCACAUGGAGUUAUCUAUUCAAACAAGAGUCAAAUAUAAAUCCUUCAAUGAAAAUGUCCAGUUUAAUCCCAGUUUAAUCCAAUUUGUCCUGUUUUAACAUCAUUUCCUUGUCAGCAAAUACGAUACAACACGGGUCAAAUCAAAGUUGGAAAGACAGGAGUUUCAGAACUAUAAUAACAUCUAUAUCUCAGAGUUCAACAUGUUACUGAAUGCAUUGUGUGGUGUUUCAUGUCAAUUGAAAAAUACAUGCUUUCCUUUGUAUCAUAGCAUUACCACUUUUUCAAUGAUUAUAGCUAGCAUAACUACCUUUCCAGAACUCCUAGUGGAAGUGAAAAAACAACUGAACAAAAUGAACAUGUUCUAUACAAGUAUACUUAAACCCCAAAA